UGCCGAUGCUAACGAGUGUGCCGAACUCUGAAGGCAAGUAACCCUCGUACAGCAGCCCAAGAGUGUGAAACGAUGUUUGCUCCAUGCGUUGAGCUCAUACGACGACGACGAAAUCCCACGCACGAGGAACGGGCUGCUUUGACUGAGCAGCUGCUGGAUGAAACCAAUGUACCCUCGAUCCAAGCCCUCAGCGAGCGCGGCGCCGACGUAGACUGCGGCGCGCUCGCCCGAGCCGCUUCCGACGGCGACGUCGACCGCACGCGCGCGCUCCUUUCGUUGAAAGCGGAUCCGAACAACGGUAGUCCCCUCCACGCUGCGUGCCGCGCUGGCUCCCUCGACUGCGUGCGCGCGCUGCGCCAGCACGGCGCCGAGGCGCGGCGGCCCGACGCGAACGGCCGCCUGCCCGCGGACGCCGCCGCCGCGGCGUGGCGGAAAGUAAGGAGACGACGAAGACGGGAAGGCCACUACUCCAAUGACAAUGACGACGACGACGAGCGCCGCUACCGCGAGGUGUUACGCACACUACCCGCGAAACCGUUACAUACAACACGACAAGUGGGACGCCGGUGCAAGGGCCUGACUCUGAAAGGGACGCGGUGCCUCGUCACGAGCUGCACGCGCAAUCCAGCAGCGGCGCCGCUCCGCAAGGGCGAGCGCUUCUGCGCGCACCACGCCUGCCAGGCGUGCGACUUUCCGGAUGACGAGGUCGCGCCCGCGCGGCCGGUGCGCACGGAGCUGACCGCCGACCAAACUUUGGAACUGUUGUCGACGCUCGCCGGCGUCGAGCGGCCUUCUUCAAUCCGGGAACGGCGGCGGCCCGCAACAGCGUCGCCAGAUAUCGCGGAGCUCCAUUCGCGGCGGCUCAACAUCGAGCAGCGAAUAGUGGAUGCGACGAGGCAAGUCCGCGAGCUCCAGGAACUCGGGCGAGUAAUAGCGACAUAGUCUUA